GGAUCGAAUACAAUCUUGUGCGCAUGCCAAUGGCCAGCUGUGAUUUCUCUAUCCGGCCGUACACGUAUGACGAUUUUCCGUACGACUACGAGCUGAAGAAUUUCAGCCUGGUUGCAGAAGACCUACUAAUGAAAAUCCCCAUUGUGCAUCGGGCCAAGGCUAUGUCGAAGAGACCCAUCUCCCUUAUGGCCAGCCCGUGGACUGCUCCAAUUUGGAUGAAAAGCAACGAGGACUGGAAAGGGAAGGGCUGGCUGAAAGGGCAAGCGGGCGAUGCCUUCCACAAAACUUGGGCUUCUUAUUUCGUCAGAUUUCUCGAUGCGUACGCCGAGCAGAAUUUAACCUUCUGGGCCAUCACCGCUCAAAACGAGCCUUCCUCCGGAUUUGUGAAAAAUUAU